AUGCAACUUUCAUACCAGGCUUUGGUCCUGGCGGCCCUGAGCCUCGAAUGCGCCCUUGCUCACCCGACGCACCAUCAACUACAUAAGCACAGGCGAGACCUUGCUGACCUGCUUCACCAGAAGCGUACAGACUUCAGCGACCCGGCCACCUAUGCCCCCGGAACCUUUCAAGAUCUUGAUUGGGCGUCCAUAUGCGCCGGAGGCAAAUGCGAUCCCAGCAGCAAGUCUUCCAGCCCGGCCCCAGCAAAUCCAGCCCCAGCAGUCCCAGCUCCAGCAAACCCAGCCCCAGCAAAUCCAGCACCAGCCAGCGUACCCGAAACGGGGUCAGGGACUACGGGCGGUUCUACAUCGCCCAGUACACCCGCUUCAAGCCCCCCGGCAUCCACUAGUUCAGCUUCCAGCUCCGGCUCCGGUUCCGGUUCUGGUUCUGGCAUCUGCAACGACCUCAGCAGCGUCUGGACAAAGGGCGACACAAGCCGAUCUAAUGCAGUCUACAUGGGAGACGGCAGCAAAUGCCCUGGUGGGUGCACGUCAGCCGAUAGCACAAAAUACAGCACCUAUGGCGCCGCUACAUUAUCAGCAAACAGUGGGGACGCAUACCGAGGCAAUGUUGGCGAGCCAUAUGGUCAGAACUUGCUACCCUUAAGCGAUUGCAAUACCGACGGCCAUGAUUACUCUAUCACCUUCGCUGCCAAGAGCCCAGUCACUAUCGCUUUGUGGAACAAAGUUGGAGAUGACUGGCAGACUGCCGGUCGGACUAUGACCGGCGCGAGCCGCAACGCCUGGUUCCUCUUCGAUCUUGCGGCCAACGAAAAUGCUGUCAUCGGCGUCGCCGCUAAUAGUCAGGUUUCAUUCUCUCAGGUCUGCGACAGGAACGAAAACGGUCAGUUCAAUUGCCCUUGGGGCGAGGCCGAUUUCUCGGACACCAACAACGGGGCCUGGAGCGGCUACGACUAUUCCGUCGAAGCGAACAACUAUGUCAACAGCGGUGGAAUCAGUGUGACCGUCGAUGGAUUUGACGUCAGUGAUUCUAACGGGUGCGGUUUCUACAAGCCCGGUCAAGAGGACACAGGAUGCAAUACCAACCCGCCCGCGGGAUCUAUGCAUGUCAAAGUUAGCGUGGGCUAA